AUGGUGACGGCUCGUACAUAUGCAGGGGAUUGGAUUGAAGUACAGCAGCUCAUACCAUGGCGGCAUCGGUUUGCUGAUCAUCUCCAACUUGUUCUGCCCGGCUCCGAUGUUUCCGUGCUUUCUCUUGAGGUUGCACCGGCUGUCGAGGCCUUCGCUAACUCCUCCGACGGCCAGGUUUCAGGCCCUGAGACCCUUCGGGAGUACGACUUCAGCAUCCAAUUCGGUGGGCAGGGCAUGUUGGCAGGCUCCCGCCUGCGGAUCAUUGGCUCUCCGCUCAUCGGAUGGAGCACCGAGGCCUCCCGACCCGUGAAUACGAGCAUGCUGACCUCCUUGCUGCAGAUGCCAUGGAACACACGCUCCGGGCCAUGGAGACAGACCCGAGGCUGUGGCCACUUUUUCCCUGGCGAUUUCCCUGCCCAGACAGCUUGUGAACUCCUCGAGUACAAUGUAGGGGGACCGACAUAUGGUAUGGAAUUGAGGCUUCCUAGCUCGGCGGCGACGCUUCUGCCGCAAAGGCCGUACACAUUCUCGCUGUCAGUACCUGGCAUCAAGCAGCCGCUGGCAGCGGCUGUGCGCUGGGAAACGAUUCUGUCACAGAGCGUGGGUGGGACGUUUCAGCACAGCCCGGUGGCAGCCAGCGGCUCCGUGAUGCUAUCCAACACUACAGAGGGGAUGUCGCUGGAGGUCCUUUCAAGCACAUACAAGUAUCCAGCACCGAUGGGCAGCAUCCUGAGCCGUGUGGAAAUCGAGCUGAAGCUGGGUGUCUUUGCACCACCAGGUCCAGGCUCUGUGAUCCUGGAGCUGCUUGAACCCGCAGAGGCUCGGAUGGAGACCUGUGAGCCAAUCGCAGGCAUUGCAAGUCUUGGGGAGAAACCCCCAGCUAUGUCACUGGACGCUACAACUAGUCGUGCAAGCUGGCAAAUGGAAUCCGAUGCCAGCCACCGCAACUUCGUUAUUUACCCGAGAGUCGCAUACCGGACUGCUUGCUUGGUUUACAAUGGCCCAAGCCCUUUGAUGUACAGCACGUGGAGACUUGCUGUGGAGGUUCUGGUCGGAAGUUCUGCCUUGACCUUUGACACGCUCACCACUUCGUCCAAGUAUUUUGUGGUUCCUGCCUUUGCAUCUGCACAGGUCCUUCCAACUCAUCCUGUUCUGGGAAGGUUUCAGGUCCUUCUCAUCCGAGCUGCCAUGCCCGAGAGAGACGGCUUCUCACUGACGCAUUGGACAAGCUCUGCCCAUCGACUGCAGCUCCUUGCGCCCAGUGGCUUCGCAUUUCCAGAUGGGCCUUGUCCAGGUUUCUGGCCACUGAGCUCUUUGCCACCUGUCCCUCGAACCUCGUGUGUUGCAGCUGCACCAAAGCCUCUGGCAGUUCAUGUUCAGAUGGACUCAAGGGAUGUGGGCUUUGAGCCGGGUGAAAGCUAUGCCUUCCAAGUUUCGGUUGAGAACCCUCCGGAGAGCUUUUGGUCCACUGCAUCUGCAGAGGAGCUCCACUUGCACACAAGCGGUUGGUCAUUGACGCUGAUCGAGGAUCAUGGCAUGCCAGUUGCAUUGAUGGAGAAUAUUCCCUUGGUGCAAAGCUCCGUGACAACUGCACUGAGACCGGGUGUUCCUGCUUCCAUCUAUGACAGUUCCUUCCGGCUGUACAAGACGCAGAUUUCUGUUUUGGCCAUCUUCGCCCAGGACCAAAGGGCGGGCCAAGUUACCAGGGUGCAGGUGGAUUUCAUGCUGCAGACCCCUCUUCGCACGGGGGACUCUCUUGUAGUGACAGCGCCCUCUCUUUUCAGCUGGGUCAUGCCUGCUCGGCUAUAUGCGCCCCUGACGACCAGCAUCUUGCAGAGGUUCCCAACUAUCGAGCCAGAGAUCGACGGGGCUUCGCCCUGGAUCUUACGGGUGGACAUUCAAGGCACCGCACGAUCCGAAGUAAGCUACGCCAUUGCGGCGGAUGUGAUGAAUCCUUCUUCGAUUCUUUGGGAGGCGGUCGAUGCCACCUUCAACUAUUGGCAACUCGAAAGCCUCUACAGAUAUCUCCCGUUCACAUCUUUCGAGAGCCGCCGGGACGUGGGCGUACGACGCGGGUACGAUGUGAUUGGGACUUUGCAGUACUGCGCGGCAGUGCCGACGAGCAGGUUGCGUGGCCUCGAAAGCUGGGUGUCCUUGAGCUUGCAACUUGCUGAGCCGCUGGGUGUUCAAUCAUGGCGGGAGCCGGAAUUGCCUUCGAUUGUGCGAGUCCUGCUCCCUCAGGGCUUUUCUCUUUCUGCUUCGUCUGCUGCAGGUGAGAACAACUGCUCGAGCGUCCUUGAGACAACUGUUGAUCCAGGGAACCCGAGGCUUCCGGGCCUGCAAUUUCCUCGCGAGUACUCCUCCCUGCCCGAUGUAGACAGCCUCCGGUGCAUCACCAACGUACAGAGAACCGAGCUGACGCUGUCGUUUUCCGACCUCUCGGACGUUGCCGGGCUGCGUUUGCUGCCUCACGUGGUUUAUGCUUUCCGGUUGCGGGUGCAGUCGCCGAGAUUUGAUCAGAUCCGCAGUCAGUUCUGGUCCGUGGAGACUGUGACGGGACAAGGGGAGCUCCGACAGCAAUGCUCCGUCAGUGCUUGGGAGUUCUCCGACCCUCUGGUGGGUGUGUCGACUGUGACUGGUCUGCCGAUGGCGCCGACAUUGGUAGCGACUUUCAGCUUGCGACUCUUGCUGCAAGGAUCCGCUCUGAGCGGCUCGUCUACCAUCUCCUUUGAGCUGCAGGCGCCGAGCGGCUUCGUCUUUUUCCCCGACUGCGCUGCAAAAUGGCCUCCGAUACAGCCAGAAACAUCUUGGCAACUCACAGGCUGUAUAGGUAGUGGAGCUGUCGCAAGGGUGGACGUGCUGCGGCUUGCAUUUGGUGAGGACAUGGAGAUUGGCGUGACAGUAAGGAUGCCAGCUUGGAAGGAUGAUGGGCAGAUCCAGUUCUGGUCGAUACGGAGUAUGGUGCAGGGUGUUCUUUUUGAAGCCACCGCAUUGAUGGGCCCAUCUCUAACCGAGAUUGGAGACGUUCGGCUUCAGCCAUUAUCCAGCAUUUUAUUCCGAGCAGAGGCAGUCGUCCAGUCUGCAGUCCUGAGUUUCGUGCCUGCCACGGAGCUACUGGCAGGUGCCGUUCUGGAAGUUGCUCUCCCGGGCCAGGAUGCAUUCGUCUUCGUGCCCGAGGCACCUUGCCUGUCUCUCGUCGAGGAUCCGCAAUCAUUACUCCCGCAAGUCUCCGAAGUUCAAGCUGGCCAGUUCGCUCAGAGCUGUGAUCUGGCUGCGACUUGCGCUUGGCCCCCGCUGUUCGACUGCUGGAAGCAAACUUCUUCCUCCUUACUUCGGAUCCAAAUCGCAGAGGGUUUGGUUCCAGGUGAGCGCUACUGCAUUGGUAUCCAUGCCAGCGUGCCUGAAGGCAGAUCUGUGCCAGCAUUCCCCCUGCGCCUUCAGUUGCUUGACGAGUCUGGAGCUGUUCUCGAGGUUGCCCCUCUCGUGGGGCAAAGCCGUCGAGGUCUUGGUGUGGCCCCGGUGGUGCAGACGUUGGCCCAUCUCUCCCUGUGCUAUCCCGGCCGACUCCCAAGCACAGAGCCCGUGGACGUUACACUGAGCUUCGCUCUGAGUUCCUUGAUCUUGGCCUCCACGGAUCAGAGGCUGAGCGCGCGUUUCUGCCUGUUGGGCCUCGACCUUCCUUCCAAUGCUUCGCUCACCUGCACAGUAUUGGAGCCGUCGACCGCAAGGGUGACGUGCAGACUGCUGAGCGGAUGUGGGACUUGCGUCUCGCUGGACAGCAACGACUUGUGGACGCCUUUUGAGCGGGUCAUCAUGUCAUUCCCAGCUGUGUUGUCCGCCGGGGCUUUCCCGAGUGUGGAUAUGGAGUUGUUGACUUCCUCGACGGGUCCAUCAAGCGUGCUCCAAGGAAAGAGCUACAUGACCGGCUUGCCCAUCCUGCCGAUUUUGCCCUUGACGAUUGUUGCACCGGUAGCACCGACGCUGGAUACCGUUAUUUCGGUGUACUUGGAGAUGGAUUGGCAAGUGAUUGCCACUGGACCCGUGAGUUUGCUUCUGAGCCCGGAAGGUGGAGAGAGUCCUGCCAUACUGGACGUCUCCCUGCCCUUCGGUCUGACGGCAUUCGCAGGGACUGCGUGCAGCCCUGUCCAGUGUCAGCAAGCGCCGCCUGAUGAGGCUGCGCCAGAGCCUGUCUUGCGCUUCUUGCUCCAGAGACCUGUCGGUUCGACACGCCGGCUCCGCCGAUUGCAGUCGGCUGCUGUGUCGAUUCAAGACUUGCCUGGCCAGCUGCAGGUUCAUCUUUUCGCGACGGCACCCGUGUCAGCACAGAAUGACUGGCGGUUUGUACUGAGAACGGAGACUCUCAAAGCACUCGGAGCCAUUGCAUUGCCUGGCUUUGCAGUCGUUUAUCCGGUGUCCUUGGCUGUUCAGACUUCUUCCCAACGCGCUGGGAGCUUGUUUUCCAGAUUUGUUCUUGAAUUCAAGCUGUCAUCUUCACUGCCAGCUGGCUCUUUCCUGCAUAUCCGUACUCCCAGCGGUAUUGUCUCAGAGCCAGACAAGGUGGAGCCCGAGUAUUUGUUUGAGGUCGCAUCCUUACCACCGAGCUGGCUUGACAUGACAAGCGCACUUGUGUUCAGAGCAUCGCAGAGAUUGGCAGCCAACGUGGCAUACACCGUAAAUGUGCCUAUGAUCAACCCUAUAUUGAUGCCAUCUUCGAACGAGUGGCUGGUCCAAGUUCUCGAGUCCGAUUUCGCUGAAACUGGACUCCCAAACUCAAUCGGCAGGAACGAAGGGUUUGAAGUGUUUGGGGAGUUCGAGCUCUUUGGCAUUAGCGUGCAAUCUGCAGUUCCUCUUGUGUCUGCACCAGCACUCGUCCAGUUCAAGUUGAGAACGCCAUUUCCUCCGACGGAGGAGUUGUCAAAACCUUUUCAACUACGGAUCACCAACAUUGGUGUUGCUGGGAAUGCAGAGGUAUUUGAUCCAGCAAAUUGUGUUCUGGAUACGAUACGGUCGUCCAGAAGCUUGCCUGCACAGCCAGCUGAGGCACUGCUGCUGACCCCUUACGAUUGUCUGGUGUCCGCCAACGGUUUGGUGGCUGACUUGAUGUUCGACCAGCAAGUUCUCGCCAAGCAGGACUACUACUUUUGGAUCUGGAUGCAAAACCCAGAUCAGACGAGCUGGUUGCAGACCUUUGCUGCAAGCACCAUUGCUGGAGAUCAGAUCGUGCAUCAGACCUCCUUCUUUUCCUCGGCCCUCCUGACACUUCGCGGGUGGAUCAAACCCGGAUCCCAUGCUGGAGGGGCCUCGCACCGCUCUGUCGUCAGCAUCUAUGCUGGUCGCAGCCUUCGGGGCCAACGUGGCAGCAUCGAAGUGCAGCUUCCGCCGGGCUUUGUCGCCUCUUGCCAUGACUUCAGGCCCCGCGGCGCACUGCCGGCCACUGCCAGGUGCCGAAGCCUUGAGUCAAGAGUGCAGGUCUACUGGAGAUCUUUGUUUGGCCGCUCAGAACUGAUCCCGCCUUAUGAGUUCGCAUUUGGGCUCACGAACCCAGCUGUUGGACUACCAGGAGACUGGACGGUCACCAUCUUCCAGGGCGAGAACCAAGAUUUCGCUGUAGAUGCUUCUGGAAGCGAAGGCAUCGCUGCCUUCGACGUCUGCGAGCCCAUGGCGAAUGUAAGCCUGAGAAGGGAGGAUGCCUCUGUCAUAUCCUUGGUGCUGUCUGUGGGAGUGGAUGUACCUGCAUCCUUUGAUCUGCUGCUCAGAAUCGAGCUGCGUUCGUCGCUGACUGCUCAAGCUUACCUGCAGUGCCCAGAGACGUCACUGUGGCAACCCCGCGAGAAUCUGCAGAACCACAUCAGUGCCACCGCACAGGGUUUGCCACGCUUCACGACAUGUGUUGAGGAGCCCGGAAACAGUGAAAGAGAGGAGUACACGAGAAGUGCGCACCAGUACAGCUCUGCCGUCUUGUUUCUCUUACCCUUUGCCCGCUUCUACGGCGUCCAAGCCGAGCCACUGGCUCUGGAAGUUCGGAUGCGGCGAGAGGCCGAAGGCUUUGCGGUGCUGGAGCCCUCCUCGGUGGAAGCAGCCUCGGAGAGGGUGAAUGUCAACUUAGAGGCUGGUGGACGCAGAGUUCGCUGCGGAUCUCUUCCCCUAGGCUCGAUCCCCAGCACGGAAGCUGCAGGAAACUUCAGCGACGGUGGUGAUCCGGCGGUCCCAGCUCAAGGCAUUGAGCCCCCUGAAGCCGACAUUGCAGGGGGUGCAUCGACAGGCUGA